AGUACUCACAGGACGGCGCACGUGCGGGAGGCUAGUAUAAAUGCAGGCAUCCAAAAAGAACACAUGAUAAAGCAUAGACAAACAUCCUUCUUUCCGCCCCGUCGCAUCCCAUAACAAUGCCCAAAGUCAUUCUGAACGAUAUCGUCUUGGCUGAGCACCCGAAUCCUCCCGUGGUGGAAGGGAACUACUACUUCCCUCCCGAGUCGGUCAAGAACGAGCUCUUUAUGGACUCGGACACAACGACUCAUUGCCCUUGGAAAGGUGAUGCAAAGUAUUACAAUGUGAAUGUCAAAGGAGAUGCUGUCAAAGACGUUGCGUGGUACUACCCUCAGCCCUUUGACAAGGCGGCUCACAUCAAGGAUCAUAUCGCUUUUUACAAGACAAAGGUUCAGAUCGCGUGAAAGAGGCCCUCCUGUAUGAUGGACAUGUGUGUACAAUUAGCUUUGUGUCUUAGUGAAGUGUAAGCCAUAUGCUUUAUGAGAUAUGAUGU